AUGUGCUUCGGGUCCAAGGACGCGGGCGGAGGCGGCGGCGACGACGAGCCGGCGCCGAGACCUGCGCAGCAGCAGCAGCAGUCCGAGAAGAAGCAACAGCAACAGCAGCAGCAGCCACGGCCAUUUAGCGGUGGGGGGAGCGAUGUGAAGGGGAAGCAGAGUCAUGGUGGUGGUGGGCCUGGCGAUGGCGGGUAUGCGUCGGGAGGGGGGCCGUCUGGGUUGCAGAGGGCGGAUGAGUAUGCGCCGCCGGCGGGACCGCCUCCGGGGCAGCAGACGCAGUAUGCUCCUCCUUCGGGGCCGCCUCCGGGACAGCAGACACAGUAUGCUCCUCCGUCGGGCCCGCCGCCAGGACAGCAGACGCAGUAUGCUCCUCCGUCGGGGCCGCCGCCAGGACAGCAGACGCAGUAUGCCCCUCCGGCCGGCCCGCCGCCAGGACGGCAAGGCGACUACGCUCCCCCUACCGGGCCGCCCCCCGAGAAGCGGCAAGACGACUACGCGCCACCGCCAGGCCCGCCUCCAGCGUCCAACGACUGGGCGGCGCCGCCCAAGGAUGCGCCCCCUGACCAAGCUCACUCCAAGUUCGAGCACGACUGGCAGGCUGCCGUCCCAGACACGAGCCUGUUCCCGGAUCCUCCCCCCUUCUUCAGCGGCUACGACAGGUCGCACACGACCAACGCCAGCGAGGAGGAGGCCAUCGCGGGCGAGCAGUGGUGCGAGCAGUACCCCCUGGCGCGUCCCUUGGUCCUCGAUGAGGCGGGACAAGCGGCGCUGCAAGACUACAACUUCCGCCUCAUCGAGCCCGUCGGCUUCAACGGCUCGCUAAACUGGCUCGGCAAGGGUCACUGGGCGGCGUCGACGGCCAAGGGCAGCCCGGACCGGUGCAUCAUCAGCUACCCGCCGCUCUACGUGGUCAACCAGCACGACCCGACGCGCACGCAGCAGGCCAAGACCAUCUACUACGAGGUCAAGCUGCUGGGCUCGAGCCGCGAGACGUCGGUGGCCAUGGGCUUCGCGGCGCUGCCGUACCCGUCCUUCCGCAUGCCGGGGUGGCACCGCGGCAGCCUGGCGGUGCACGGCGACGACGGGCACAAGUUCAUCAACGACCGCUGGGGCGGCAAGGACUUUACGGGCGAGUUCCGCCGCGGGGACACGUACGGCCUGGGCGUGACGCUGCGGCCGCCGCCUGGAGGGGGCGCGCACCCGAAAGUCGACAUCUUCUUCACGCGCAACGGCACGCGCGUGGGCGGCUGGGACCUGCACGAGGAGACGGACGCGGAGCAGGACCUGCCCGUCACGGGGCUGGAGGGCUUUCACGACUUGAGCUGCGCGGUGGGCACGUUUGACGCGGUGAGCUUUGAGGUGGUGCUGGACCCGGCCAAGUGGAUGUAUAGAGACGUGCAGUAG